AUGUGUUGCUUUUUUACUUUUAUGUGGCUGUUAGCCACCACAUCCCUUGCUUUCCCUACUGGCGAUAAGAGUUAUGCCUCCAGGCUUGGCGCCACGGGCGCCUUUAAGCCUUUACAAGAAAAUAUAGAGGGUUAUUACCCCAAAAUCAAUCUUCCUCUGUCGUCGUAUAAACGUUCAAUAACUCCAACUAUAACUGGACGCCAUUUCACGAAAGAAGAAUAUGUUUGGCUUCAGGAAAGGUCACUUGCCGACGUGAGCGUUGCUGGUUUUAAAGAAACUACUAUCGCAUUUAAUAACCUUUUUGGCGAAAACGAUAUCCCUUGGGUUAUUUCCGGUGGUUGGGCUUUAAUCCUUUACGGAGAACCUCAACGAACUACGCCUGAUAUUGACAUUAUAGUUCAAACUACAAUGCCCAAUCUUAAAAAGCUUUUGGAAACCGACGGACGGUUUCUUAUACCUGCAGAAAAUUGGUGGCCAGACAAAUCACACCUGGAAGUCUUUUUCAGAACAAAAAACAAAUAUAUAAAUGUGGAUAUAAUUAUAGCCGGCCAGAAAAGUUCGGCUAAAGAAAUCGCUGGUAUUUCCAAAUAUCUUUCAAUGACGUACAAUAAUGCACAGUUUUCUGCCCCUUUAAUCCGACCUGGGCCUUUGUUUAUUUCAAAGGUUCUGAGCCUGGUUUGGCCUAAACGACGCAAGACUAGUCAGGAUGUUAAAGAUAUUACCUAUUUGGUAAAUAAUUAUUACAACGAAUUAACUGACGCGGUAUUGGAAAUCCCUUUACAAAAACGGCUACAGGUAGUAAAUCAUCUUAACCUACUAAACUCGAACUCGGUUCAAAAGGUGAGAGAGCUAUUUAAAAUAAGGGAUUAA